UUUUAUGUUUGUGAUCUGUGGUGUGGUGUGUGCUGAAAUUUUCGUUUAUUUCAAUUAAAAUUGUUCUAAUAAUUUUAACAAUGCGGUGCUGCGUCCCUUUCUGCGGUAACACUUCAGACAAUGUAUCCACAUCACAGAGAACGGGAAUUACUUUUCAUGUAUUUCCCAGUGAUAUUAGUCUGCGUGCAGCUUGGCUCCAAGCUCUCAGCACACAAGAGCAUCACCUGCCUGACCCUGCUGUGGUCUGCUCUCAGCACUUUACACAUGACGACUUUUAUGAAACCGCAUGUUGUGUAAAGCAGAUUCGCCCCAAUGCUAUUCCUUCAACAGUGCAGAUGUGCAUGAUAUGCCUGGACACUGACAGCAAGCUGUCUCUAAUGAGUAAACACAAGUUGGAGGAGGCAUAUGAACAGAUAACUGGACUGUCUUUGUUUCAGUUGUGUCGUGGAGGAAACCUGAAGCAAACACUCUGUGUGCUGUGUGCUCAGAGAUUGAUUAACUUCAGUAGAUUUAGAGACUUGUGCUUGAGAGCCCAUUCACUGAUGACAGACUUACUUGCACAAGAUGAAUUAAUUACAUUACAACAUAAAGAAUUGAUGAACUGCACAACAGAACAUCUGAAGUUUAAUUUGACACAAACCACAUUAGCAGCUAAUCACUGUGACUUGUACAUAGAUCACACUGAUGAAGAGGAACAGAUAGCAGCAGAGGAAUCUGUAGUGGGAGAUGUUGCAACAACACUUGUGCUUAAAAAUGAAAACAGUUUUUGCUCCUUGUCAAAUGCUGAUCUCAUUGAACCAAUUCAUAAAGAUGACAAUUUAAUAGACAAUUCCAGCAACAACUGUGUUUCCAAUGACAAUUACUCCAAUAUAAGCAUAAAGUUGGAAAAAUAUUCACUGGAUGAAGAUAUAAAUGAAUCCCUUCAUCAAAAUCAAAUUCAAUCAAAUGCACAAGCUUCCUGCACUACAGUUCCAGUACAUGUGCCUGAAACAGAGAAUUUCAUUAAGAUUGAAAGUAUUACCUUUGAAUGUACGCUCUGUUCCGAAGAGUUUAUGCUAGAGAAUGAAUACUAUGAACAUAUGAGCGAGCAUCUCAAGUACGCUGGCGAAGUCGCUGCGUGUGUUGCAUCACAAGUGUGCGAGACUCGUGCAGCUGUGAGCGGCAGCAGUGACUCACUCAUGCUGCAGAACAAGACAAGAAGUCGGAGGCUGAAUGAUGUCCCUCCCCCGGCUGCAGACUGCGCUCAGGCUUUAGUCGCUCCACUGUCCGCGAGACUUGCGGCAAACAACGAAUACAAAGUGCAGGCAACUGAAGAAGCAGCUGCGACCCCGAAAAGGGAACUAAUCCUUGACACUUUCGAACCCAGAGUGGUGAAAACCCACACUGGUGCAAAGCCUUACUCUUGUGAGAUGUGCAAUUACAAAACUGCCAACAAAGGUAAUUUUGUUCGUCACACGAAAACACACACUGGCGAAAAGCCUUUUUGUUGUGAGAUGUGCGAAUAUAAAUGUGCACACAAACAUAAUUUAUUAGAUCACAUAAAAACGCACACUGGCGAAAAGCCAUUUUGUUGUGAGAUAUGCAAUUACAGAUGUUCACACAAAGGUGAUUUAGCAAAACAUAAAAGAAGCCACACUGGCGAAAAGCCUUUUUCUUGUGAGAUAUGUAACUAUAGAUGUGCACACAGGCAUCAUUUACUAAAUCACAUAAAAACGCACACUGGCGAGAAGCCUUUUUCGUGUGAGACAUGCAAUUAUAGAAGUGCAUACAAAAGUGAUUUAAAUAAACACAAAAAAAGCCACACUGGUGAAAAGCCUUUUUCUUGUCAGAUAUGUAACUAUAGAUGUACACAUAAACAUCAUUUAUUGAAUCACAUGAAGACGCACACUGGCGAGAAGCCUUUUUGUUGUGAGAUAUGUAAUUAUAGAUAUGCACAUAAACAUCAUUAUAAACAUCACAUGAAAACUCACACGGGCGAAAGCCCCUAUUCUUGUGAGAUAUGUAACUAUAAAUUUGCAGAUAGAAGUAAGUUAUUGAGGCAUAAGAUGACAAUCCACAGUGACAUUAUGCCUCAAGAGUAAUUGUGAUAAAAUAGUUUAGCCUUAUACAAGAAGAUGAAGAUGCCUCCCUUGUAAGAGAUAUGCAAUGCUGUCAAUGAUAAUGAUGUUCAACAAAGCAUGAAUGUCAAAGAUGUAAUGUACUCGUAGUUCGGCACUGGACAAGUUUCGCUGAUACAUAUCUGAACACCUGCUACCGGUUGUUUAAUCAUUCACAAGUUAACGCUUGACUGCAUCAGCACUUAACAAGUGAAGUGUCAAUCAGCGCGCAGUAUCAUUAUAUAGGGUGUCCCGUAAUUAUUGCAUAAAACGCAAAUGGUAGACACACUUAUUUGAACAGUUUUCCAAAAAUUCCUAGGGUGACCCAAUUAUAUUAUUUUUUUAAUUUUCAUUCUUGAAUCAAUUUUUUCAAUGCCAAUGUAAUUAAGAAUUUAAAGAUCUGAUUUUUGUUGAAAUUAUUAAAGUAUUAAGUAAUAGUAAUUUUUAUUAAUAACAAUUAAUGUUUUAGUAAGAUCUGAUAAGUAAAAGUAUUUUUUAAUAACAAAUUACAAAUGACUGCAUAACUAAAUUUAAACAAGUAGGCAGUUAUUGUAAAACAUUUUAAAGAUAACUUUUUUUUCUUGUAUUGAAAAUUCAGCACCUGCCAUACAUUUUUACAGCAACUUUGUAAAAACAAAGAGUAGACACGAGUAUAAUACCAAUUUACCAACCUUGAUAAGUGUACAAGUUUUAAAAAUCUUCGAGGUUACUACACUAUUGAUGAGUUCCUUAACGAUAAAGGUGCUUGGAGGAUCAGCUUCCACCUUCACACAGGAAAUAAAACUAUAAGAAAUUGUAAUUGUUAUCAAUUGUAAAUUAUAAUACUGUAUGACUUUUUCAAAAGAGCAACUGUUGAGUUUCUUGCCGGUUUCUUCUCAGCAGAACCUGCCUUCCGAACCGGUGGUAGAAUCUUUACAAAUAGUCAAAUGACGUGUCAAAAGUGCUUGUAAACUGAGCCUACUUGAAAUAAAUGAAUUUUGAAUUUGAAAUGAUGGCACAUUUGAGUUCCAUACAUUUCUUUUACAGGGCACUUUUUUAAAUAGGGUCAUCAUAUUGAAAGAAAAGUAAUUAAUUAUUGCACUUAAAGCUUCUUCUACAAAACAAAUAAAAACAUAAUUUAGAAAUAUUAUAGUACAUUGGUAAUUUAAUUCGUAAUGUUUUACAAAAAUCAGACUUAUUCAAGAUAGGAAAAUUUGGAAAAUGCUGCAAUAACGACAUAAUACCAAAUAGCGGUGAGAAAAUGGGAACAGAGAAAAUUCACCAAGAACAGAAAUCGUAGAAGAAUUCUUCCGAAGAUGAUUGUCUUUAGAAUUAAACUUUUAAUAUUUCACAAAUAAUAACUUUAAAUAGUUAAAAAAACACGCUUUCAUGCUGAAAGCGUGUUUUUUUAACUGUGUGUGUUCUUGGUGAAUUUUCUCUGUUCCCAUUUUCACUAAAAAUUUAAAAUAUUGGAUUUAAUUUAAGGCACGUGACUAUUUUUUCGUAUUCCUGACAGUUAACCCUUUCAUUUGAUAUCUAUAUCAUGGGGGUGGAAACAGCCAGUCCGCCAACUUGGGGAGGUCGCCAUAUUGGAUUUGUAAUGACGUUUCUUAGCUAGUCAUGUAUUGUCAUCAGAAAUCAGAGCGUGUGCAAAAUUUCAUCCUAAUCGAAGACUGGGAAGUGGGUCAAAUUAAGAUUUCAAGAUUUUCUUACAUACAUAAGUCCAACUAAAUCAUGAUACUACGUCAUGAUACGCCGGUACAUUGAAGUAUCAUGACAGGAAAUAGACCUUGACAAUUGUAAAUAAUAAAUUGAGAUAUUGUCAUGAUACAAGGUAUACAAGUGAAGCUAAUAAAAGGAGUGUAAAAAUAAAAUACAAAUCACAAUAA